AUGAGUAUUGUUCUCACAGCUGUUUCACCUAGUUUUCCACCAGUUCGUCCCAUUGCGAUGAGAAAUGCGAAUAUUUCAGAAGCGGUACCGCGAACUUGGCACAUGAAACCGGAACUUCACAGCGAUCCUGUAGGAGUUCCGGUGGGAGCAUUAUCACCCCCGGCUACCCUAUCUCCUCCAAGUAGCCCGAACGUGACAUUACCACCCUCUCCUUGGAGUCCGGGUGCUCCGGGAAGCAGUGCUAGCAGUGUUGCAUCUUCUAAUCCUCCCUCAAACUUCUGCGUACCUGUUCCGGACCGUUUCAGUGCUUUCACACUCGUAUCUAAUUAUGGUUCGGACUUACGACUACAAAAUUUACCCCAUGCCGCGAACGUACCUACGCGAGAGAUGCGUUGCGGCCUGAUGUACAGCGGUUACGCGACGUCCGGGACCACUUGGUGGGCCCGAAACGUAGGCCUUCUGUUGCCGCAUUCCCUUCUGCCGCCGUUAAGAAUUCCAGCUCAACAGACAACACCGGUUGCCAAUUGUUCGCCCAUUCAUCCGGAACCUCUUAGCCCAGUCAAACCGGGAUCACCGAGAUGCGCCAUUGAAAAAGUACCAAUUGAGGAAGAAGUACCAUUGAAUCUUAGCACUAAACCAAACGAUGUAUCAUCUAAUAUCACUAGGAAGAAUGAAAUUUGGUCACCUGGUUCGGUUUGCGAAAGAGAGGCUAGAGAAACGAAAGCACCAUCUUCUAGGAAUCCUUUGGCUACUUCAAUUAUCAAUAGACAAAUUCAUCAUUCACCUCUCACCCCACCAUCGUCGUCCGAAAGAAGCUUUCAGUGCAAACAAUGCGGGAAGGCAUUCAAACGAUCGAGCACGCUCAGCACUCACCUUCUAAUUCAUUCUGACACGAGACCCUACCCCUGUCAAUAUUGCGGCAAAAGGUUUCACCAAAAAUCGGAUAUGAAGAAACACACAUACAUUCAUACCGGUGAGAAACCACACAAAUGCGUGGUGUGUGGUAAAGCAUUUUCACAAAGUAGCAAUCUGAUAACUCAUAUGCGCAAGCAUACGGGUUACAAGCCAUUCCAAUGUGGUCUAUGUGACAAGGCAUUUCAAAGGAAGGUCGAUCUUAGAAGGCAUAGGGAAGGUCAACACCCAGCGGCGCCGGCGUUAGAUUAUCGUUCGCUUCAGGUUGCAUCGUCUGGUGUCGGUGAACAAAGUGCCGUUCAACGAAACAACACCGGCCAAGUUCGGUGCACGCCAUCACCACCACCACCACCAUUACCACCACAACAACCAUUACAACCACCACCACACAAGCCAUCUAACAUAAAUAAAUACUAUACCGGAAUACAAAGGGAUCCGUAG